AACUGGCAAUUUCACGACGGACGAAGAGGGGUCUUGAGAGCUACCAGCAGUGCGAUUGAUAAAGACACCUUGUCGAUGCUGCGGACUGAGGUCUGCUCGUAUAUGGUCGGCGCAAAGGAAAGUGUCUGACUUCUUUGUUCCGAGUGGCAGAGAUGGCCACCGUCGAUCUUCUUCGUCCCACUUCUCCUUCUUCCGAGCCAUCGAGAACGCCUUGGAGCUGAGAGCGCUGUAUGCGGCAUGACCUCCCCCUCUGCGCACGCUCGAUCUAACUUGCAGAUCCGUCGAGACAUACACGUAUCACCAUGCCUUCUUCCCAUCUCUCGCCUUUGCAAAAGCGCCGCUCCGCGCCCGAUCUCAGAGGUGGCACAGACGGGCAGCACGUAGGAUGUCCAUUCCAUCCGGGCGCCGCCAAUCUGGUCUCUUCUCCCUCUGCUCUUCGCAGAACCUCGUCAGCUCUCGGACUCCGCCGACUUUUCGUUGACACAGAUGGCCGGGCCAAACUCAUCGAGGCGCCUGAUGCAACCCGAACGGGAGACGCAAGAUAUGCCUUUCAGCUCGCUCAUACGGGGAUUCCAAAGCAGCCGGACGAGCGCACGUCUGUCCAGUCGACGCGUGAAGUCUCUGACUGGCUAGAGGCCCUGCCCCUUACAAGCGAAUUUUCCCCUGUUCCGCCAAGCGGGCCCGACUCUCCCAACGUUCCUGGCGAACCUCUCGACGACCUUCCGCAUGCAAUUCCAAGCGGGAACCCAGCCCAUACUCAUGACGUCUCCUUCGCCGAACGUCUCUCCUCGAAUCAUCUUCCUGGUCCCGCAUUCUCAGCCAAUGCACCUCGCCGUACCUUCUCCGCAGCUUUCUUCCCUCUGAAAACCUCUGCACCCGUUCCUGCGCUCCUGGCUGCCUUCGAAUGGUCGCGAUCCGUACCACCUGUCCCGGCGGAGUGGGAUAGUGACAGCGAUAGGGAGAAGGACGCAGGUGCAGCAAACGACGCUGCUGGGGACUGCGACGAGCCCUUCACGGUGUCCGAGCACGACUCCGACACUGAUAGCGCCUUCAAGCUGCGCGCGCUGAACGCCGAGAUCGAUUACCUCAAGCAGCUGGUGUCGGAUGAGAUUAUGGAGCAGGCGGGCGUGGCUAGUGAGCGUCCUUCCAUUCUCGACGAAGUGGUGGCGGCGAGCGAUGACGAAGUGAGGUCGAGCGAUAACGAAGGCGGCCAUUCGCGUCAUGAGAGUCAUCUUCCCGCAGAGUCCGAUGAUGCUCAGCCCGAUCAAGUCGACGAUGCUUUGGCGUCGUCGAACAACAGUGAGAGUGGGAUGUGCCGCGGCGUCUAGCAGCACUGAGAACGCAGGCUCUAUUUGGACAAUUCUCGACCCAUCUGUACUAUCAAUUUACCCUAUUCAUUAAUCCGCUUCCAACAAC